CAUGUUUAUACAUUAAUAGCAUUUUUAAAUACCAAAAAGCAAGGUCAUGGUUGGCAACGUGUUAACAUCACCAGCCUCUGACUCAGUCAGUCAACAAGGCCCUGCUGUGUGCUAAGUUAUGUGGUAGAUACUUUUAGGCAAGAAUGCAGCACGCCAUGCCCUAUCUGCACUGUCCUCUGGUAAAAGGACCCAGCCUGUUCAACUCUAGUUACACUCUUAAAAAUGGGAAGCAUGGGAAGAAAUAUUGGGGCCAUAAAAUCUAUCAUUCCUCCUUCCCUUUCUCACAAUUAGCUUACCACAGCCUUGAGAUGUGUUUCACAGCAGUGGGUACAACAAAGUCUCUCUUGGACUUCACCAUGGUCAGCUCUAUGGAUGGCGUGCAGGGAAGCUUCUAUGACAAAAAGGACCAGCAGCUUGUGAUCAAAGAGGCCUGGGUGUCCCAGGCACUGGGGGCCCACUACAUUGAAGAGAAGCGGCAGAAGUUGGUGUACAGUGAGAUCAACUUUCUCUGGGCCCUCCAGAAUUGGAUACAGAGUGAUACCAAGGGUGAAGAUAAUCACACAGUGCAGUUCUGGCAUGACUGUCACCUAGAUGGAGACAUCCAUGUGAGCAGCCAUUUCUGGUAUGCUGUGGAUGGAGAGGCUUUCUGUGGGGUAGAUGAGCAGCUCAAGCACUGGGUGGCGAUGAAGCCUGAGGCUGAAUGCUUCAGACCCUUCUGGGAAGUUAUUUUUCCCUACAAGAAGAUAAAACACUACAUGCAGGAAGAUUGUGUUGAGCCAUUGAGGAAAGUCCUGCAGUACUCAAGCAUAAGAGAAAAUGUUCCCCCUGAUGUGACCGUGUCCCGACAGGAUGCUCCUGAUGGCAGAGCCACCCUCUUCUGCAGGGCCACUGGGUUCUACCCCCGCUCCAUCAUGCUUCACUGGGAAAAGGAUGGAGCACUGGGUGUGUGGGGACAGGAGAGCUCUAGUGGCACCCUGCCCAAUGCUGAUUCCACCUUCUACCUCCAAGUCACACUAGAGCUCCCACUCAAUGACCCUGGGACAGGUUACACCUGUGUGGUACAGCACAGUGAACUGGAAACACCAGGCAUAUUCCCAGUCCCUGGGAAGCCAACUAUGAAAAGACCUCGGGCCAUGGCCCUAAGCAUACUGGCAAUUGUCAUCCUGAUACCGAGCUGUGCUGCAGCCUUCAACACAUGGAAGAAAAGGAAGACAGGAACAACUUCACAAGGGCAUGUGGAAGGACCUUUACCUCUUCCUCAUCUUCUUCUGCAAUAGAAAAAUGGGAAUCCUGAUGGCCUGAGUCUGUCACUUACCCUUUGAGGGAAUUCCCCAUAUAAUGGAAGAUGGAGUCAUUCAUUGCACACCAAACCCUAAACUAAACAUUAACCUCAUCCUUAACCCUGUUUUUCCCAAUAAGUUUCUCUGGCCUGUACCUGGGACUGGGGGAAAAAGGCUGAUCUCAGGAGAAUAGACCUUCUUAAUAAAAAACAUUUUCCUUGGGUGAGAUAUUCUUACCUGCACAUCUUGGGUAUCAAAGAUCCAGAAAAUCCUUGAGUGUAGAGAGAGAUGUCUAUAGAUGUGAAACAUUUAGCUAGACUUAUAAUGACUAUGAGGGUUAGCACUUGGCAAGAGAUGCCCUAUGGGCCUUUAGAAAUUAAAAUAGAAUGACUUGAGCUCUUAUCACCUGGCAUGCAGGGCUAAGAAAGUGUAGAGAUGUGAUCUCAUGAUGUGACAGCGGUGGAUAAUUUGAUCUUAGACCU